UUUUGUUAAAAACUUAGAAUGAACAUUUGCAAGACUUUGUAUACGUUGGCAAAGAAGUUAAAGUGUGUGUAACAAAAUUUUAUUUAAUACUAAAAGCGUACCCCAAAAACAAAUAAAAAUUCGAAAAUUGUUCCUGAUUUAAUAAUCAUUGGCAAAAAAUUAUAUAAAAUAAUUUUAAAUCAAUAAAAUUGAUUUAAUUUAACAGUCAUAAAAGUUCUAAAAAUGAGCGAAAAGAUACCGCAAUCGUCCUCAGAACAAAUGGAACCUAAUUUGGUACAGAAUGUGGAUCUUAUUGGAGACAAUGAAUCACAGCAACAGGCAACUAAGAAGUUGCACCAGAAGAGCGGUAAAGAUAAUGUAACACAGCAACAGGCAACAACUAAAAAAUGUGUAGAAAACAACUUAAACCAGAAAAGUGAUAAAGAUGAGGACAAAACGAAUUUUUCUAUAGAAGAAUUACCUGACUCAAUGUUUAAACUGGAAUGUCAUGUACCCAAGGCAUUUUUUGGAGGCAUAAUCGGUUUUAGGAGCAACACUAAACGUCGUCUUGAAUCUGAAACUGAAACCGAGAUUAUUUUGAAACAUCACCGAACACCAAAUUCUUUAAUUAUUAAAGGAAAAUCACGAUCCAAUCUUCUUGCUGCACGCGACAAAAUUAAUGAAAUUUUAAUUUCGUUGCGUAAACGUUUGCUGAAAACUCAUUUUGUAGGUAUUGAUCUACACAAAAGUGAUAUCAGAGAGAAGUUCAUCGAUUUUAGAACUCAAGUUUUGGAAAAAUCGUAUCCUGGUAUUGAUGAACGCCUCUUUAUGUCAGAUAAUCGCUUACAUUUGACUCUACAAACUUGCGUAUUGCUAGAUGAAAUCGAACGUACAGAGGCGGUGAAAAUACUUCAAAAUUGCAGUAAAUAUCUGAAAGGCAUUACUACGCCAUUCGAUAUAAAAGUAACAGGUCUAAAUAUUAUGAACGACAAUCCAAGUGCUGUACGUGUACUCUAUGGAGUAGUUGAUGCGCCCGAAUUGCAAAAAUUCGCGGAUUUGUGUCUAGCUCCUUUUAUAAAAAGUGGCUUCUCCUUUAAAGACUACAAUCAGGAUAAUGUUAAAUUACAUAUGACAGUUAUGAAUUCUCGUUAUAGAAAAAAUAAUCGAGGUAAUAGGCAAAAUACAUUUGAUGCCCGAGAACUACUUAAACAAUUUGGAAGUUUCAAUUUUGGCUCAGCAGAGUGCAGUGACGUCAGUUUAUGUGUUAUUAGAACGGGCCGGGAGAGUGUGUUUUAUAAAAUAAUUGGUACACUUAAUUUUUAACGAUUAAAUUUAAUGUAAAU